UGCCUUUGUUGUGCACUUGCUCUUGCCCUGCCUCUUUCUGUCUCUCUCUCUCUGUCACUACCCUGCCAUGUGCCAGUGACUCUCUCUUACUCCCACUCGACUCCACUCUUCCAUCUCUAAAUCUCUCCCAUCUGGGACCUGCUACCCUACUCUCCCCUACCCUCCCUUCUUCUCUGUGUUCCCCUCUAAUGCGGCUAUUGACCUGCCCUGGAUCAGCAAGUUCGGAAGAGAUCGACUCACAGACUGAGGGGAAGCUGCCACUCUCGCCGCUCACAAGGACCGUUGCUAGGGCCAGCUGUCACCGCGGCACCACGACCUGUGACCUCUGGCUCGUGGAAACGCUUCAAGUCUUGGCAACGGCACACCACGACAACAGGGAUUAUGGGCAACCUUAUAUGUGGUGCUGGACGAAAAAAGACAUCAGAAGCCAAGAAUGAAUCUGAUGACAACACAAAUGCAGACAACACGGGCAAGGACACGCCAGGGACACAGCCAAAGGAGGAAGUCCUCUAUGCAACAAUUGACCAUGGCAAUGGCAAGAAAGCAGGAAAUGUGAUGAGGAUCGUGGAGGGAGAUGACUGUGACUAUGCUGUCGUCAACAUCCCCUCCGAGGACAAGCUGUCAAUCAAAGAGGACUGCUCUGACGACUAUGUGCUAAUGGGUUGAGCUUACGGAGGCCCGAUAGGGACACGAAGCUUCAUAGGUGAAGGGCUUAACCAGGUUGCACACUUCACUACUGACAAACAUCGAGAUAUGUGGCGGGUGUAUGUUGGUAUAUUAGACCAAUAGAAUUGCUUAUUGUAUAAGGAAAGGUUUGGUUUUGGUCGGUACUUUCUCUCUCCAUCACACACACACACAUAAACACACACACACAGAGCUUUACUGAGGUGUAUGCAUGUGGACUAUGGAAUAUACACAAGAAAACAAACAUUUAGGGUAAGCACACAGCGAUGCAGAUAUCUACACAUCUACACAUGCAUAUUUACUGCAAGACUAUUUUGUGUAUAAAGAAGCAUCAGAGCAUUUGUCGCACCUUUUUUUCAUUUUUAAACUGAGAUAUGAAUGUAUGUAUGAACAUUUUGCAUUUUUUCUGUUUAAUUUAUUUACAUCCAAAUGUUCACCUUUUUAAUGUUUUGAUAUGUGCAUUUUGUCUGUCAUUAUAUUGAAGUUUGUUUAUGUGUGUUUGUUUUGUUUGUUUUGGAUACAGAAAUAUAAUACCAGUAUGUGUGUCCACACAAAAUCUAAUGAAUGACUUGAUGUGAACAGAGUUUAAUGGAGUUAUUUGAAUCAAUAAACAGCAAAUAUAUCUCUUAGCUCUCUUUUGCCACUUGAAGCACACUUCUAAAG